AUAUUAUUUUGAUUUUAUUACAUUUGUGCAGUUGAAUAAAAAAUAAAUUAUUUUGAAAACAACCAUAUGUCAAUUUUAACUAUAGAAAAAUAAAGACAACUAUAGCUUCAUUUGAUUUAAUUGACAAUUAUCAAAUCAACAUAAUGUAUAGUUGAAUUUAGAUGUCUACACCAAGCUCUACUACACACGCGUAAUCUCUUUGUUUUUUCAACAUGGCGUCAGAAAGUGAGAACAUCGUGGAAGAGUUGUUUGAAGUUGAAGUUUUGUUAGAUCAGGAACUUUUAAACCUUCUAAAAUCAUUUGAACUUUCGGAUCAGGGUAUUGAACAGUUUCUCACAAACGGCUACGACAUCGCAUCGUUGAGAAUUAUUGAGCGAGAAGAAGUAGAAGCGUUGCUGCCGCCGCCAUUUUUGGCGGACCGAACAAAAUCCAUCGAUGGACUGAAUAAGUGGCGAUUAUCUCAGGGUCUACAGCCUGUCUCCCAACCAUUAAAGGAGAAUUCUCAAAACAACACUUCACUCCAUCAAAACAUCUCCACCUCGAGAACUUCGCUUGGAGCUCGGCCGCGGACCGAGUGGACCGCCCAGAAUCUGAUUUGCCGUUCCAGGAAAGGAAAUCAAAUCUUGGAAAAAUUCAAAGCCUCCAACAUCCUCUCGAAAAAGGACCGGAUUUUCAUCACGCACCUGAUCGUUGAUGAGUUUACGGACGAAUUCGGUAAGCUUACCCGAGAAGAGCUUAUCAGAAGGUCUGCGGAAUUGUCUGCCUUAUUUCCAACAACCGACCAGCACAUAUGGUAUCAACCUGCAUUUUAUCGAGAUGCGAGUGGCAAAAAAAUUAAACUAGGACGUGUGGCGAAAGGUUGUUUAUACGACCGGAAUAACAAUUACCUAUCGGGCGGCGCUAAGACGACAAAAAAUCUACCAGGACCAUCAGAACAACGUACGAACUCCAAUCUUCAGCUGGACGUUACCAUCACGGAAGAUGCAGUGAUCGCUUAUCAGGAGAUCACUACCGAAGGUUACCAGCUUGUGAAAUUGGACUUCCAGCAGAAAUUUCCCGAGAAAGUGGAUCUUCUAUUCAGCCGGUUUGUGGACUUUCGGAGCCGUGCUCAAGCCGUUUUCGCUAACGAAGUGUCACCACAAGGCAAACCUCUAUGCGAGUUCCUUCUUCAUGAUGAUUUGACUGAAGAUUCUCGGGAUUGUAUUACUGCGACGCUUAUUUUCUACAGUUGGCGUGGUGUGGUUAUGCGCCUCCCGAAUGGAACUAAAUGGAAGCCAUCUCUCCAAGAGGUCUGUGAUAGCAGCAUCAUUUUUAUGAAAUCAUUGACCGAUUAUGAGACGGAGCUUGCGCGACUCAACAAGCAGAAUACAAAGAGAGGUGUUCCGGAUUAUCCAGUAAUUGUAGUUGUCGGUGAAGACGUAAAAGGAGCUAAUCAGUUCAUCGUGUGUUUCAACGAUAUUGCAUAUAAAGCUGAAACGUUCUUGAAAGCUGUGGACAUCACUUUCAAGAUUUACAAAGCUUAUGGAAUAGCCUUUCCAUUGGAAGCUACAGGCCCGUGGCAGUUCAUUGCAACCUACUUCUACGACUUCGACCUUCCAGAAGAUCGAUAUAAGGCGAAAACUCUGACGCUUAUUUCGAUGCUCCGUAAUCACCUGCCUUCGACAUGAUUGGAUGUUUCGUUUCCGGUUGCAGCUGGAAGACAACAUGUCCUGCGCUUUUAAGUCUUCAUCUGCGACGGUUGCAUGAACCGAUCGACGUCUAUACCUGCUCUGAAUUGAAUUGUGGAAGGAGAUUUAGUGUCAGAUGUUCUUUUAUCGCUCAUAUUAGGAAACAUUUGAAAGUUGAUGAAAAUGAGAUUAGAAGUAGAAAAAACAGAGAAAACAACGAAAAUGAACUUUUAGCAAUAAAUAGUAGAGAAGAAAUGGAAUCCAUGAAUGAUUUUACCGUUGUAAAUAAUGCAAAUAUGAUAGAAGCUGAGAACGCCAAAAAACAAGAAGAAACGAAGAAUAGAAGCGAAUCGGAAUCAUUAAUCAACAUUGAAACAUUAUCGCUAGAAUUUGCAAAUUUAAACGUUGGAUUAAACCUAAAAUGGCUAGAAAAGAGUUCGAUCUCUCGUAAAUUAGUUUUUGAGUUUCAAGAAGAUGUUCGUGUUAAUAUUUUGAAACCAAUUCAAGACGUUGUCGGCAUUAUGUCAGACUCUGGACUGAUUUCGGCGUUUGGGAAACAUGCUUUGAAUUCUAUGUUUUCAAUGUUCUCCAACGUCCAAUCGGAGUAUCAAUUUGUUCGCCAAUUAAAACUUAUGCAGCUCUAUGAAGAUCCGGUAUACUUUACAAUAUGUAAUGAAUUAAGACCUGGAGUGAUAAGUCAUAAACUUGAUAUGAUCAUUGACGAUAUCAAAGGUGUUCUGAUGCCAAUUAGAUUUCAACUGAAAAAAUAUUUGGAAUCGGCAGGAAUGAUGGAUACAAUAAUCGAUAGCUUGAAACCGUCGACAGAUGGGAUGAUCAGAUCAUUGAUAGAUGGCAAAAUUUGGCAUAGAAAGGUAGAGAAUUUCAACGAAAAAAUCGUAAUUCCAAUAAACAUAUUUAUUGAUGAUUUUACCACAAGCGACACGGUGUCCCCACACGCGAGCAGCACCAAAAUUUGCGGUGUUUAUUACUACAUUCCUUGCCUACCACCGCACAUACUUGCAAAACUACAAAACAUACUCGUAGCUGGAUUUUUCCUGUCACAAGAUCGAAAACAUUUUGGUAACAGUCAAACAUUCUACAAGCUGGUUGAAGUAUUCACGGAAUUAGAAACUAAUGGCAUAAAUAUCGUCCAUGAUGGAAAACAAGUCAAUGUUUAUUUUAUGAUCGGUUUUGUUACUGGAGACAACCUAGGGCUCAGUGAGAUACUCAAUUUAGCAGAGUCACCGUCAGCAAAUUUUUACUGUCGUGCUUGUAAGAGAACAAAAUCAGAUAGAGAACAAGACUGUAGAGAGUUCAUAGAAUCUAUGAGAUCAGAAGAUGGUUACGAUGAGGAUAUUAGUUUGAAUGAUGUAUCGAGGACAGGUAUAAAAGGAAACUGUAUACUGAAUGAUAUACCUUCGUUUCAUGUAUCACUUAAUUUUUAUUUUGAUGUAAUGCACGAUGUUUCGGAAGGCAUUUGUUUGUAUGGAUUGUCUCAUUGUCUCAGAUAUUUUGUGUACAAGAAAAAGUACUUUACUUUGGAUGAUUUGAACUGUCGCAAGAAUCUGUUCAUAUACGGUCAUUUGAAUUCAGCUAAUAUUCCUAACGACAUUAAAGAUACGAAUCUAGCCAAGCAGAAGGUUAAAAUGACUGCAAAUGAGAUCAAUACCUUGACACGUUUUUUACCGUUAAUGAUUGGAAAUUUGGUACCCAGCGAUGAUCCAGUAUGGCAAUAUUUAUGCAGCCUACUAAAAAUAUUCGAUAUUAUAAUGCUUCACGAUAUUCCUGUUGAGCUUAUAGAUGAACUAAAACGGUUAGUCGAAUUCCAUCACUUAAAUUAUGUCAAUUUAUUUCAAGACACACUCAAACCUAAACAUCAUAACAUAGUGCACUAUGCAACUGCGAUGACUAUGUCAGGAAGUCUACGUAGACAAUGGGGUAUGAGAUGUGAAGCAAAACAUAAAGAAGCAAAGCAAUAUUGUCGGGUGAAUUGCAACAAACGCAAUAUAUGUUCAUCUCUAAUUUCAAAAUUUUGUUUUAAAUAUGCCUUUGAUGUAUUCAAUAAUCAAUUCAUUUUGCCUUUCAUUGAUAUUAAGAAUGAGAACAUACGUAGCGGAGCGCUUCCAGAUGUUUGUGAACCACUGGCAAACACUAUUACAUGCAACGGUACCAAAACAUUUAAACUCCUAUCAAAAUUUACUAAGCAAAAUUCAUUGUAUGAAAAGGGUACCAUAUUUUGCCUAAGACAGAAAUUAAUCAGGAAUGUUUAUGAAAUUAAGGCUAUUCUUCUGAUUAAUGAUACGGACAUUAUGUUGUUGUGUUAUUUGUUCAAUUCAAAGUUUUUUGAUGAUCAUUUGCAGUCUUUUUUGCUCGAGAAAGAGGAUAAACUGAGAAUUGUAACAAACAUAGAAAGAAUUGAUUCAAUACCGAUUAAUAUUCAUUACCUAAAUGGCAAUAUGUACCUAAGAAUGUGUAAUUUUGUAAGCAUAAAUUGUUUGAUUGGCGAUACUGUUAGUAAGGAAUGCUAGGAAGUCACUAUGCGAAAGUUUGUAAAAGAAUAAAAUAAUAAAACGUAAAAA